AUGGGAGACACACCGCUCGCCUCGUUGUCCCUCACUCAUGUUCACUACAACCCCGAUGACCAGCUGUCGUUCAUCUCAGCUUGGCUGGCCCUGGUCCCGCAGGCAUUAACUGUCUCCUAUGUGACCUUGAUCUGGUCUACUAGAGAGGUGGAGGUGAUCUUGAUGUUCGUCGGACAGAUGGCCUGUGAAGCUCUGAACUUCGUUCUCAAACGCCUGAUCAAGGAAGAGCGACCGCAAAUGAUGUCUGGUAAGGGUUACGGCAUGCCAUCCUCCCAUGCCCAGUACAUGACCUUCUUCUCUGUCUACCUUACCUUCUUCCUCCUUUUCCGUCACAGCCAAGCUUCCGCCAGCUCCUACCCCAACGCCGCCGUACUCCUCCGUAUACUGGUCAUGGUCGCCCUGUGCCUUGGAGCCUUGACCGUCGCUGCCAGCCGCGUCUACCUCAGCUACCAUACCCCGAAACAGGUGAUCGCCGGCGGUGCAGUUGGAUUCGUUUGCGCAGGCGGCUGGUUCUUGAUCACGAGCUUGCUCCGUCAUACUGGGUGGAUUGAAUGGGGGCUGGAACUGACUGUUUCCCGCUUGAUGAGAGUCCGUGACCUCGUUAUUGUAAACAUAUCGAACAGAAAAAACACAUGUCGCGCACGUGACCGCAUCCCAACACCGCAAUUCCAACUCAACCUCGUCCCCGCGAUCAGCAUCGCUGCUCCGCUGAUCCACUUUCUGCCAGGUACCCAGGAACACACAUCAAGAACUCCAAAGAUGGAGAUCUCAGCAGAGACACCUGAUGCCAUCGAGGAACAUCAUAUCGUCAAGGCUGACGAAGUUGACCAAACUGGUGCAGACAUCUCGCCAGUUUCAGACGACCAACUGAUGGAGGAGGUAGCUGAGGGGCUCCGCCAGGAACAAGCCCAGACUGCCGCCCCUGAGACGGUACCUGCAAAGUCCCUGAAGCGCCCAGAGCUACGACGCGAGAAUUCUGCGCCUCCCCCGCCUAUGCAACCGCCUCCUCCAGCGCCAGUGGUUACUGAUCGAUCUUCAGACUCGCUUAGCUUAGCUCAGCUGCGGAAGCUUGUCGGCGAAUUGCCGAAAAUCGAGCAGCCGGCGUAUGCUUUUGAAUAUGCUGACGCACAACCUUUUCCUGAUGAACUGGAAGAGUGGUUUCAGUAUAAUGACUUCGAUCGUGUCAUGCUGAUGGGCACUAAGUCGACUUUUAAUCAGAAAUGGCUUGCUUUUUGUUUGCAACGCCUGCCAGAUACACCCGAAGUGCCUUGGCUUGACGCUUCUGAGGAUGUGCGCCGUGAGUUUGUCUUGAAGAUGCUGGCAGAUCUGCAACUUCCCGAGACUACAGUGAGACUUGAGGCCCUUGAAAGUAUUUGCUACGUCGUUACUGGUGUGUGGGGUCUUACAGGUGGCAGAGUGGCCACAGAUUAUCACUCAGAUGGAGAUCAGCCAUCGGCUGAAACGCCUCUUCUCAAGUCCAUGCAGAUUCACUACAUCGAGGAGAACGUCUCGCUUGUUCAAGAGUGCUCAGGAUUGACCGUUUUGGUCGAGUACAUGUGCCGUCUUUUCGACAAGACUCGCUCAGCAUUGGGAUCAGAAACCAACGGCAUGGAGUAUGAGCGCUUGAACCCUGGUGAUAUUGCCGCUCCCGAGCGGGAGGCAAACUUGGUUCUCACAACAUUGUAUUUCGCCGUUGAGGUUGGCCGCAGACAAGAGGCGUCCAACCCCCAAUGUACGCCGAUUCGCGAUGUAUUUUCCUACUCUGAUCCAAGUCUGCUGGUGACUAUUGUUGAAAUCAUCGCCCGACUACGUUGGGACGAAUCUGCCAAUAUUCCCCUUACCAGGAUCCUUCUCUUGCUGUGGAAGUCUUUGUUGCUUGUUUUCGGCGGGACCAACGAUUUGAAACGCGCAAAGGAAGUACUGGAACCUGCUCUUUCCGCCGAGAAGGAUGAGUCCAAUCGCAGGACUCCUUUCCUGCAUGCCUCCCCGCUGGACUACCAUAUGUUCCGCCAAGAAAUUACAUCCAAAUACCCAGCCUAUAACCCUCCACCCCUCAUUGUUCCCCUCGAGCUGGAGAACAAUUCGAUCCUCCCGCCACUUCCGCACAACGCAGUCAAAAUGAACCCAUCCAGCGGUAUUUUCUGUGGUGUUGGUCCAUCAGUGUCCGGUGGAAAUGGCUCUAUCCUCCAACAAGCUGUACACAUCGCAACCCCAGCGCCAUCACCACCUCCCUCACCCAUUGGUCCCGGAGGAAAGGCCGGAAAGAAACAAAAUUAUCAGACUAAUCAGAAUUUCCCCUUUAUGUACCCGCCUCUUGAUGACUCUAGCAAUCGCAUUGGCGGGAAAGGUACAACGGAACGCCAAGACACCCUCGUUGGCAAGCGAUGGGAGGGUGGCGAUGUGCCUGCGUCGAUCGUGGAGGCCGGAAAGCUCUUUUCUACCCAUGUUAAGAUGACAAGAGCCAUGCGCCAGCUUUGGCAGGAGCGUGAACACUUUAUGAAAUAUGACCGUGGUUGGAAUUCGGAAGAAGCAGCCCAUUUCCCUGAUAAUAUGUCGGAUGAUCUGCCUGAUGAUUUCGAGUACUUGGACUUGUCGGGUGAUGAGGAGAAGCCCGAGCCGAAGCCCAAAUCCGUGGAGAAGGAAACUGAUGAUCCUGAUGUUCAACGUCGACUGGAAGCGGUUGAUUCUUUCUACACACAUACCCUGUCGCAUCUCCAGUCUAUCACGAUCGUUUUCUUGAAGAUUAUUCUGACCAAUGUCAGUUCGGUGGUUAGCCAGGCUGGAAGCCAGAAUAGCCAAGGCAUGAGUAACGGGAUGAACACAUCACAAAACCUUCUGUCUGAUGCAUGCAUUGACGAACUUGACAAUAUUCGGCUACGUGAAAUCACUGGCAAAGCUGUGUCUGGGACUCUGCUGCUUCUGCUCAAAUGGUUCAAGCGGUCUCAUAUCCUGAAAUUCGAAUACAUGACACAGCUCUUGCUUGACUCCAAUUACCUUCCAUUAAUCCUGAAAAUGUUCGCUCACCAAGAUGUCGACCAGGCUGUUGCUCAGAAAAAUGACCGCGAAGACCUGUCCUUCUUCCACUUCUGCCAGAGCAACACAGACCACCCUCUCGAUACGGACGACCACUCAGGUGGAGACACCGAAAGCGAAGACGAAGCAAUGCCACCCCCAAUCUCCCGCCACCGCCCCGACCCAACAGCCAAUGGCAGCGCCUUAGGUCUAUCAGAAGAAGAGCAUCUCAGCGACCUCAUGAACAGGCCCGCAAGACCCGAAGUCGACGAAUUAGGAUACCCAACGGCACCACCCCCCAAAGAACCGAUCAAAAUCUUCUCCUUCCGCAACUUCUUCUCAGCAAUCAACUACCUGCACGUGAUGCAAAAGAUUACCCGCGACAAAGCGCAUCGCUGCCUCCUCCUCGUCCAAUAUAAAUCAAGCAACAUCCUCCGCAAGGGUCUGAAAAUCCCAGACCCGCACCUCCGCUUCUAUACACUAAAACUUUUCAAAUCGCAAGUCCCAUACUGCGGCCGCAAAUGGCGCCAGAGCAACAUGCGCGUGAUAACAGCUAUAUACCUCUACUGCCGCCCCGAGCUGAGAGACGACUGGCUCGCCGGCUCAGAUGUGGACGCGGAGGUCGAAGAAGCGCUCCCGCUUGAGCAAGCGCUGCGUGGUCUUACGCACUGGUGGCACUUGAGGCAGUACAAGGAGGUCAUGGGUGGGAAUGAGAGGAAGGAAAUGAUGGAAGAAGAGAGGGAUUUCUUUGUUAGAGAGCUCGAGUCUAUGGGGUGGGGCGCUGAGGAGUUCUACGAAGAGCAGGAGGCGCAGAUUUCGACUGGCACUGAGUGGGAGGGUGUGCCGUUGCCUAUGGAGGGUUGGUCGUGA